ACAUUGCCUUUUUCCAUAUCUUCAGGUUAUAUUUUGGUCGUUCUUGUGAAUUCUGUUUAGAUUACCAGGUACCUCUUGACAGAAAUGGGUCAUUGUACAUGGUGAUUGGCGGGUUUCCUCAGAUUCACGUUUCUUCAUCCAAGAGACUUGACUUUUAAUUGAUCCAAGAAAAAGUCGCUGUUUGAUUUGGCUUUUCUAAAAUUUAUUUCGAGUUAACUUCUUAAUCAUCAGCUUCCUAUAACUUGAGACCUUAAACAUGGUCAAGAAGAACAAUGUCAAGAGGAACGUUGGCGAGCUAGAAUAUAUUAUGUAGUCAGGUUCAAAUGGUAUGAAACUGAUUGACUCACAACCUCUUCGCCUCUGGUUUGAAAGAGCGCAGGCUGUCGAAUCUGAAAAGUUUUGGUGUAUUUCUAUGGAGUAGCAACGAAGAAAUAUAUCACAGUGCAUUGGUGAAUCAUGGAGUGCAAUAAAGAUGAGGCUUUAAGGGCGAAAGAUAUUGCUGAGGGAAAGUUUAUGGAAAAAAACUACAGUGGUGCCAAAAAAUUUGCUUUGAAGGCUCAAAACUUGUAUUCUGGGCUUGAGGGUCUAUCCCACAUGUUGACCGUACUAGAUGUGCAUAUAUCUGCAGAGAAGAGAAUAUGUGGAGAAGUUGAUUGGUAUGCCGUACUUGGAGUGACCCCCUGGGCCAAUGAUGAGACAAUCAGAAAGCAAUACCGGAAACUAGCUCUUCUGCUUCAUCCUGAUAAGAAUAAGUCUGUAGGUGCAGACGGGGCAUUUAAGUUAGUUUCAGAGGCCUGGAGUCUGUUAUCAGAUGAGACUAAGAGAGCAGCAUACAACCUGAAGCUUACUCCAAAAAUAUUUCAAACUACUGUUCCUACCCAGAGUGGGGUUCCCUCAGCUCCAUCAGCACCACCCAGAGCAAAUGGUGUCCAUAAGUUUACCGGUGGGGCAACUUCACAAAGAAAGACUCAUAACAACAACACCCGGGCAGGUCCCACCUCAGCCCCAGCUCCUCGUAAAAGAACUGAUACCUUUUGGACCAUGUGUAACCGGUGCAGGACUCAGUAUGAAUAUCUUAGGAUUUAUUUAAAUCACACUCUGUUAUGCCCUAGCUGUAAUAAAGCCUUUUUUGCGACGGAGAAGGAUCCGCCUCCAAAUGUUAACAAGUCUGCAAACUCGUCUCCCCACCAGCAGCAUCAGAAUUUACGCAACCAUCCAACAAACAGUAACCGAUUUAAUGUUGGAAGAAACUCUGACGCUGCUCAAAAUGUGGGACCUGGGGAGUGGGGUCCUUUCUCCCGAAUGGCUGGUGUUGGUGGUUUUAGUGCUUCCCCUUCAACUGCUGCUCAAGCUGCAAGUGUAGUUCAACAGGCGCAUGAGAAACUGAAACAUGAGGAGGCACAGGCAGCUGCUGAAUCAGAGAGGUGUCAUGUCUCAAAGAGGAUGACUGAUUCUGCUGUUAGUACAGAGAGACCUUCAAAAAAUUGGAGAGAAGAUAAUUAUGGUGGUGACAUGAGGAAUCAAACUGGUAUGGGAUUUGGUGUCGGAAGUGCAACAAGGAGUGGUUUUGAAGCACAAAGCACUCACGGUUUUUCUGGGAUUGGUAAUAAGCACUACAGUGAGAGGGAGUUAUCGUUAAUAGAACAACGAAAGAUUCUGGUGGGGAAGGCACUGAAUGUUAUUCAUGGAAAAGUUCAACAAUGGAGUUUAGAAACUGAAGUUAAGGCUGCUGCGAAAGAAAAAGAGAGAGCAAAAGAAAAAAACAAUAAGAAACAGAAAGGUGUAUUAAAUGGUGAUGUCCAUGAUGUCAAACAGCCUGCUGUCACCAAUGAUGGAUACCAGAAGUCUUUACAUGGCUCUUCUGUUGAAGCUUCUGAAGAACAGGCACCUAUCUCAAUUGUUGUACCAGAUCCUGAUUUUCACAAUUUUGACUCGGAUAGAACUGAAAGUUCAUUUGAUGAGGAUCAGAUCUGGGCUGCAUAUGAUGACAAUGAUGGGAUGCCUCGUUACUAUGUUAGAAUCCGCAAGGUGAUCUCCUUGAAGCCAUUUAGGAUGCAGAUCAGUUUUCUAAAUUCGAAAAGCAACAGUGAAUUUGGCCAGCUAGAGUGGGUAGGUUCCGGUUUCCCCAAAACAUGUGGGGUUUUCAGGAUGGGCAAACUUGAAAUUAGUGAAACACUGAACUCUUUCUCGCACAAGGUUUCAUGGGAAAAGGGCACACGCGGAACCAUUAACAUCUACCCCACAAAGGGGGAUAUUUGGGCUUUGUAUAGAAACUGGUCUCCGGACUGGAACGAGCAUACCCCUGAUGAAGUGGUACAUAAGUAUGAAAUGGUGGAAGUUCUCAAUGUGUAUGGUGAGGAACAAGGUGUUUCUGUGGCCCCUCUUGUUAAGGUCCCUGGUUUCAAGACAGUUUUCCAGAAGCAUAUGGACCCCAAGGAAGUUAGGCAGAUUCCAAAAGAGGAGAUGUUUCGAUUCUCUCAUCAGGUACCUAAUUACUUGCUUACAGGUAAAGAAGCUAAUAAUGCGCCAAAGGGUUAUUGGGAGUUAGACCCAGCUGCUACCCCUUUGGAACUUCUUCAGGUUAUUACAGAAACCGGUGGGGCGCCACUUGGGGAGACUGAUGGAGAGAAUGAGAAAGUGGUGAUUGACAAUGGGACUUCCUGAAGACACAGCAGAAUAGCUGAGUUUUUGUGGCUACUUGCUAGUCAGCCCAACCAUGUAGUCCGUGUAGUCGUCGUUUCCUAGAACCCCAGGAGUGAUCUGCAAGUUGCUUUUGUUUAGUAUAUAGCUUCCUGACAGUAAAAACUUCAUUGUGGGAAGAAAAAUACAUAGUGGGAAGAAAAAAAAAUAGAAAACCUCAUGCAUGAGACUCCACAGCCUUACAUCUUACCUGGUUUUUUUGUUUUUUUUGGAAGUCAUGUUUGAGUGAAGAUUCAAACUUUGCACCUGUUCAAGUCCGAAGGUGUAUGUUCUUGUUGAAUGUGUUAUCUUUAGUAUACACUGCAACCUCUGCAGUCAUGCCGUAUGCGAUC